AAGAAGAAGGAGGAGAGGCGACAGUGAACACACAGCAAAACAUAUAAGCGAGUGAAGAACGUAGGAAAAUGUGAAGAGAGCAAGAAAAAAAAGAAGAAGCGAGAAGUGAAUUUCCAACAGUAGUGAACUUAUAGUGAUUGAACGGACGAUCGCCAAAAGAAAAAUGCACACUUUUCCAGAAAUCUCUGUCGCUUGCGGUUCAUUGCAUUAAAACCGUCGAGAAUCUAGGAAAUUGAACAACAACACAUCAUCUUAUCGAUGAUAGAGAGACAAUAAUGACAAGGCCGGAGUACUUUGGUAUUUCUCGACCAUCUUCAUCGUUGUUGUCGUCGUCGUUGUCAUUGUGUCAAAGUAUUUAGUGUGUUGUGCGCGACCACAAGAAAAAAAAUAGGCGUUUGUUUAUAUUCAUUUUUUGUGUUGGCUUCUUUUUUAUUUAUUCAUACGAAGAAUUUUUCGUUUUCAUCUUCAUCUGUUCAUUUCUGUGAGCGAGAAGAAGUGUCUCCACGAUACGAUUUACAUGGUGAGACAGACAAAAUCGAAACAGACACACAGAAAAAAGUGUGAGUCACACACAAGUGUCAAUGGUCAAUCAGUGUGUGGUGUGUAAAAUAAUCUAUUGCAGCUGAAAUUCACACGAGAACCAAACAACAACAUUACAUCUGCGACCGACUGUCCGACCGAUCAAACGAACGAAAAGAAAAACAAAAACAGUCGAACACAGAGGAUUCGACAAUCAUUACUUCUUUUAUUUUUGGUCAUUUUUUUUUUUGGAAACACACAUCGACCAAAUCGUAACAAAACGGUAUCUAAAAAUAAUAACAUUAUUUUCGUUGCUGUCUGUCGAUUUUGUAUCGACAAUAUCGAAAUGUCACUGUAAUUAAAACUGAAAAUAUUACAACCAACAUAUUCGGUCAAAUGUUUUGUGUGUAGAGAGAGAGAGAGAGAGAGACCAACUGAGAAACGCAUAGAGAGAGAGAAGAAUUGGGACAAAAAAAGGUGCGAAUGUUGAAGAAUAGCAUAUAAUUGGACAAGAAGAAGAAGAAGAAUAAAUUGACUUUUAAUGUGACUACACACACUCUUAAGUUUUUGUGUAUUUGGGUUCCGAGUGCAAAGAGACAUUUCAUUAGAUGAUGAAGACGAAGAACAAAAGGUGAUAUUGCAGCGACGGUGACAUUAUUUGGAACACAUUCACACCAAUCCAUACAGAUAUAUAUAAAUAUAUCGCUCCGAACAAAAAAAAAAUGAAACCAUUGCUGAACAUUUUGCAGCAAGCGAUAGCGAUAGAGAGUGAAAAAAAGAAGAAGUAUACAACAGAAGAAUAAACACUGUGAUAAAAAAGAGCGUCGAUGCAUUCAAAGCUGAACGAUAAAAGAUAUGGCGUGUGCGUUGUAAUAUUGCAUUAGAAUUGAUAAAAUAAAACCAGAGAAGAAGAAGAAAUACAGUUGCUAGAUAGCCCAAGUGUUAAAAUGUGUGAAUUGUAUGCGACUAUGUGCUGACCACUUGCAGCUGACUCUCGCAACACCGUCAACUCGAUUUCUGCAUCGGAAAAAGAGACGAAGAGGAGGGACAAAGAUUGCAGUGGUGUAUGGCAGCCAACAGAAACAGGUGAAACACGAUUAUCAGAGGAUAUCCGCCAAAUUCAAUUGAGAAGCGAAAAGAUCAAUCAUUUUGGAGUUCGGUGUGAAACAAUCAGACAAAGAGAAAAUAUGCAUAGUUUGCAAUUCGUGUCUGGAAUAAUUAAGAGUGUUAACAAAACAAGAAUGUUUUGAUCAAUGUGCUAAGAACGCACUCUCACUCUCGCGCGCAUCCGUACGCUCGUCAUUCUUUCUCAAUGUGAUAUCGAACGAGAGAUAACAACAAUAUAAAUGCUGAUUUAUAUGGAAACAACAAUCAACUAGCAUUUGUUUCUCACGAAAGAGAGAAUAGAAAAAAAACAAACGAGAACAAAAACCAAUUCAAACAUUAAAAUCGCCAAUUUUAUCACACACAUCAAUUUUCAAAAUUAAGAACACACAAUUGAUGCAAAGCAACUGACACCAUUUAGCCCCAAAAAUCAUACAAUGAAUAACCAGAAAGCUAACAACAACAAACCAGUGCCGUCAGACAACAAAACCCAAAAGGAUACCACCAAUGAACUCAUCAACCAACAACAACAGAAGCCAUGCGUGUCUUCAACGUCUGUGUCAUCAUCGCCGACGUUAUCAACAACGAUAACACAUCGACCAAACAAGGUGUCAUCGUUGGUGAACAAUCGCAGGCCACAGUCCAUGCUAUCGGCACGAGCACUGAUGUUUGACGAACCAUGUGCAGCGUCAUCGUUUGAUCGAGAUUUACUAAAAUUGAGCACAUCACCCAAACAACAACAACAACAACAGCAACAUCAUCAGCAAACCAUUCAGCCAUUGACGCCGCCAUCAUUCCGCAAAGAUCACUUUUUGGUGAACACAAGCGGUGGAGCAUCCAGUGGUAGCGGUGGACUAUUCAAGUCAGCGUCAGCCGUUUCGGUUGGCCGUGAUUUUAGCGGUUCGGUGACACCAAUCCAGCAUCAACGGAAAAUUUCCUAUCAAAAUUCCCAUUUGUUUCGAACUAGUGGCAGUAGUUCAUCGUCACGAACGGAAAUUUCCAAUUUGAUUCGCGUUCGAAAUUCACAGCUAGGCAAAUCGGCUCCAUCUUUGUCACCAUCAUCGCGUGAAUCAUGCGCGGCACCAUCACAUUCCACAGCAGCAGUUGCAUCAAUGCUACUGUCAUCAACGAAACGAUCGACUGGGUUCAGUGCUAGCGGCUCAGCCGCGUUACCAUCACGAAGUGCAGCUGUUGCCAUCCAUCGACUGUCACUCGGAGGACAUCACAACUAUACAACGUCGCCUCGAUCGCAUUCCCCGAUAUCAGCGAGUCCAGUGGACAGUCCACGAAUCAAUUCGCCAGCCAGCAAUAUGCAAUUCCCAUUUUUGCCCAUCAAGCGAAUAUCCAGUUGUCGCGGUGAUGGCAGACGAUGGUCGGUCGCAUCGCUGCCAUCAUCGGGAUAUGGAACCACUCCAGGCAGCUCCAAUCUAUCGUCGCAGUGCUCGAGUCAAGAGCGUUUGCAUCAGCUACCAAAUCAACCGACAAACGAUGAGCUGAGAAUUUUAUCGCAUCAUUUUUCGGGAGCCAAUAACAGUGUCGUCGAAGCGAACCAACAUCAGUCAAAGCUGCUAAAGCAUCAAUCGCAGCUAUCGCAACAACACCAAAGUCAUCAGCAGCCGCAUUCGAUAUCUGAUGUGGGUUCUGUGUCGUCCGGCAACAAUGGCGGCGAAACACCAACAUCGGUCAAAGAUUUCGAAGGUGGUCGCCAUUCACCGAUGCAUCGUCGGCCACGAUCGCGUAGUUUGUCCAGUCCGAAUCGAUCGCCGCUGGUCGAUAACGAAAUCGCAAUGAUGAAUAUUCUGUACAAGGAACGCUUUCCAAAAGCAACACUUCAGAUGGAAGAGCGUCUCACGCAUUUCAUCAACGAGAACAAAUACGUGGCUAGCGGAAAUUUCCGUGAUUCACAGCCAAUCGUACGAUUUGUUCAUCAUCAGGUGCUUGAAAUGGCUCGCGACUGUUUGCAUAAAUCACAUGCCAAACUCAUCACAAGUCGCUAUUUCUAUGAAAUGUCGGAGAAUUUAGAGCGUUUAUUGGCCGAAACAAAGGACAAAUCACCCGAAGCGGCCGCUGAACUGACCGGUGUAAUUAAAAAAUUGCUGUUAAUCAUUUCACGACCGGCACGAUUGCUUGAGUGCCUGGAAUUCGAUCCCGAAGAAUUUUAUCAUUUGCUUGAAGUGGCCGAAGGUCAGGCGAGAUACGCAUUACAGGGUAUUAAAGCGGAUAUUCCACAGUAUAUUAUUCAAAAAUUAGGCUUAAAUCGCGAUCCAAUCGCCGAAUUGCAACAGGAACUCAGAGAAUGUUCAAUUGGUUCGAAUAGCUCGAACGCUGAACAAUCCACACAGAAUGCGAACAGGGAACAAAGUAUUGACGACGCCUCCUUACGUGAUGCCGAUAAAUCAAAUGUUACAAACGAUACGAAAGCCGAUUCAACAUUUAUCCGAUGGAAUGAUACGACUGUGACAGCUGCUGGAAGUAUUAGUGGAAUCUCAGACGAUGGUAACACAUCGCCAGGCAGCAACAACACCAGCCUGGAGAAAUCGAAUAAUUAUUUUACAUCGUCAACGCCGAAAAAGCAAUGUGCUACCGCCCAGGAGCAGUCAACAAACAUGGAAGUCACACCGAAAAAUCAACUAUCCGUGCAGUCAUCCGCAUCAGCGGCGAUGCCAAAUGAAUCCGAUUUCGAAGAGUUGAAAUUAAUUUCGAACGGUGCAUACGGUGCAGUAUUUCUGGUGAAACACAAGCAAACGCGACAACGAUUCGCUAUGAAGAAAAUCAGUAAGAAUAAUCUGAUAUUGCGCAAUCAAGUGGAGCAAGUGUUUGCCGAGCGUGAUAUUCUAAGUUUUGCUGACAAUCCAUUUGUGGUCAGUAUGUGCUGUAGCUUUGAAACGAAAAAGCAUUUGUGUUUGGUGAUGGAGUACGUGGAAGGUGGUGAUUGUGCCACUUUACUGAAGAAUAUUGGUCCAUUGCCGCCGGAUAUGGCUCGAUUUUACUUUGCCGAAACGGUGCUGGCCGUUGAGUAUUUGCACAGUUACGGUAUUGUGCAUCGAGAUUUGAAGCCGGACAAUCUGUUGAUAACGGCAUUGGGUCACAUAAAACUCACUGAUUUUGGACUGUCAAAAAUGGGUCUGAUGUCAUUGGCCACCACACUUUAUGAAGGUUACAUCGAUCGAGAAACACGGCAAUUCUCCGAUAAACAAGUGUUUGGUACACCUGAAUACAUUGCACCGGAAGUGAUUCUGCGACAAGGCUACGGAAAACCAGUUGAUUGGUGGUCGAUGGGCAUCAUUUUAUACGAAUUCCUCAUCGGAUGCGUUCCAUUCUUUGGUGAAACACCCGAAGAACUUUUCGCUCACACGGUGAACGAUGACAUUGAAUGGCCAAGCGAAGAUGAUUGGGAAGUGGCCGAGGAUGGAAAAGAUCUCAUCACAAGUCUUUUGCAACAAAAUCCAAGGGAACGUCUUGGAACAGGCGGCGCACAUGAAGUCAAAGAGCAUGGCUAUUUUAAUGCCAUCGACUGGAAUUCAUUGCUGCGACAAAAAGCCGAAUUCGUUCCACAGCUUGCCAGCGAAGAUGAUACGAGCUACUUUGAUACGCGAAUGGAUCGAUACAAUCACGAUAUGGGUGGCGAGGAUACCGAUGACACUGACGAUUUUCCGUUGAUUGGCUCGUUUGGCUCAUAUUCGCCACAGUAUCGCAAGCAUAAUUCCAGUCUGGUGCAGAUUAAUUUGCCACAACAAUCGCUCGAUGAGUCAAUCAAUACGAGCAGUGGCAGUGGAACGGCUUCGCCGAUAUCGUCGAAUCUGAGUCAAACUACCAAUGCACCGCAAAACACACCAAAUUCAAGCAUUGGAAAGAUCAUUUCAACGCCACAACUUCGUAAAUUGGAUGUUUGCCGUACAACGGCUAUGAAACUGCCGUCAACGCCAGACACCGAUUAUAUUCCAACAUUCGAAAGUGAAAGUGGAACGAUUCAUCAAUACUUCAAACAACAGCAGUCAACAUCACAGCAUCGACCACAACAUCCAUCGGUGAUAGCGGCGGUGGCGGCUGAUAUUCCAAAGGAUGCUCGUAAACUCGACUCACCCAAUAAAACUGGUGCAAACAAUAAACUAAAAGUGGUGGCCAAGACCAGCAAAUCAGACACAUUGAACAUUAGCACACCGGAUUCAUCGCAAACCGAUAGUGACGAUGUAUCGCCACAGAUACAACGCAAACGAAAGAAUACUCAUCAACGCGAUAUGCUACCACGAUUCUCCAUUUCCAUUGAAGAUGAAUUUAGUGGGCAAGAUACCGAGUCAUCGCCGUUGAAUACUCCACCAGUUCCAGGUUUACCGACAGGCGCUAAGCAUCGAUCUCGGUCAGUGAUAAAAAGUGCAUCAGCACUUGGCCUGUCUCUACUUGUGUCAUCAGCAACUGAUGAGGCAUCAGCUGGCGAAAGCAAAACUACGUUGAAUGCUUUGGAGUCGGGUGAUUUAGAGAAAUCGGAGCCACAGUUUGUGCAGUCACCAUGUGGUAACAUACCGAUUUACAGUGCAAUUGGUGGAGCUGGCGGUGGUUCAAGUACGGCAUCAUCUCGUGAUACUUCGCCAUGUCGCGAACUGUCGCCAUUGGUUACAAAUCUCAAGCCACCGAUAAUAAUUAGGCGUGAGCCACGCGGCAUUGGAUUCACCGUGCACACAAUCCGAGUAUAUUACGGUGAUACAGACUUUUAUACCAUGCACCACUUGGUGAUGGCAGUUGAUGAAAAGAGUCCAGCAUUCGAAGCCGGUUUGCGACCAGCUGAUUUAAUCACACACAUUAACGGUGAACCGGUGCAAGGGCUUUUCCACACUCAAGUGCUGCAAUUGCUAUUGAACAAUGGCAAUAAUGAACAUGUCACAUUGAGAACAACUCCACUUGAGUAUACGAGCAUUCAGACGGGCGGACGACGACGCGAUGUGCAUCAGAGUAAGUUGGCCAAGAAAAGUGUGAGUCGACAGAAGAAACAACGCAAAGAUGCGGAGAAAAAGCGAAAAACCUCACUGUUUCGGCGCAUCAGCACGAAACGUGCAUCGGCCGAAAUGCAGCAUUUAGCCUCAAGUCUACCAUCACCCGGUAGUGUAACGCCAAGCAGAAGCUGCCAAUCAUUUUCCCAAAAUGUGUCCGGUCCGCGUGAAGAAACAACAACCACCAAAACAUCCUCUUCGCAAUCCUCAUCGCCAUCAAGUUCAGCACCAAAUACACCGACAGCAAGUGCUGCCCAUAGUUUUCUGGGUGCAUCAUCACACUUGUUCCAUCAUCAUCACCAUCAUCAUCCAUCGCGGCCAUCUACACUACACGGACUCAAACAUAAGCUACACGGCUUUUCGCCAGGUAGUGGAAGCGGUGUAUCGACGGGAAAUGUUUCGAAUAAUUCAUCGAAUCGUCGAAAAUCGGUUGGCCAUAUCCCAUUAUCCCCAUUGGCUCGCACACCAUCGCCAUCACCAUUGCCAACAACAUCACCGACACGAUCACCGUCACCGCUCGCAUUUCCCGUCAUUGUGCAUCAACCAGGUAAAUUUGGAGCAUCAAAUACAACACAGUCGUACAGUCCAGGUUGUGCAUUGCCAAACAAUACCAGUUUGAAUAGUUCGUUAACGAGCAGCGGUUCAAACACACCGAAUUCAACAUCGACAAACAUAACAUCCAGUACAAGUAGCAUCACAACAAUGUCGGGUGGUAAAAAAUCCUCAUUUGUUCGGCCGAAAAGUGCUGAGCCCAGUUCACCGUUGUUGCGACGUGCGUUGUCGCCGGAUCGUUUGCAUCCACGCAGUGCUGCCGAUGCAAAGUGUUCAAUUUCACCGUUGUGCUGCACGAGCAAUGCGAUGCCAAGCGUCAAUUCGCUCAAUAUGCAUGCGGCCAAUGCAGUGAUUGGCCUGAAGAAGCAACGCACUCCAAAGAACUCGGGCAAUAUUUGGCGGCAGAAUAUUUCUUCAAAACAGUGCGGGGAACUACACAGUACUCUAUCGGAUGGAUUGAGCUCAAAGCAUGAUCAACAAAGUAACGAGAGUACGCAAUCGAGUGACUCGAGCUCUGCCCGUGAUGUGAGCGAAAUGGAUUCGUCCAAACUGCAAACAUCGCAAUCGUCGGCCCAGUCAACAUUAUCACUGACACUAUCAUUGCCCAAUCAAUCGGAGCUAUUGCCAAUAGCCGAAGAAAAAGAUUCGCCGAGCGGAAGUUCCAAAGCUGAACCCGAUAUUGAAAAUAUAUCAAUUUAAAUGAAA